AUGACUAUAGACUAUAUGUUUAGCGAUAUGCCCGAUAGCGUAUUAUCAAAUUAAUAAAAAUUAUAUUUAAAAAAACUUAUAUCUGUAGCUUUUAUGUAUUUUUCAAAAUUAAUCAAAGUAUAUCCUAUAAUCGGUAAUAAUAUAUUGCGUAGUUCAAUUGCAGACUGUAACAAAGCUGUGAUACCUGAUCAAGAUCGAACAAUAGGAAUUCCUAAUUCCGAUUUUCAUUUUUAUUCUACUUAUUUUAAUGAUUCAAAUGUAAAUAUAAUUGCAAGUGCCGGUUCUUGUUUUUUUAGCAAAAUAGAAAAAAGACCUACUUUUGCAAGAAUCAAGUAUAAUCUAGCUUUUAUUAAUUUUUAAGGGGAUGCAUAGGUAUUUAGAUCUAACUUAUAAACUAUUUUACAUGAAUUUAUUCAUGCUUUAGGAUUUGCAGAAGGAUAUAUAAGAUAUUGGAUCGAUCCUGAUACAGGAAAUUCAUAUGAAAAAGAUACUAAUAAAAUUAUAAAAACUGUAAAAGUAAGAGGAAUUGAUAGCAUUGUUUUAUAUUCUAAAUAAGUAUUAAGAAUUACAAGAAAACACUAUAAUUGUCCUACAGCAGAAGGAAUGCUUUUAGAAAAUAAUGGAAUGAAUUCAGCAUCUAACGGUUCACAUUGGGAAAAAACAAUAAUUGCAAAUGAAAUAAUGUGUGGAUCUGGUUUUGGUAAUUUACGAACAAUAACAAUGUUUACAGUAUCCUUAUUAAGGGACACUGGAUUUUAUCCAUUAAUAGACUAAAACUUUGCUGGAAUAACAGCUUGGGGAAGAAAUAAAGGUUGCAAUUUUUUAACUUCUAAUUGUUAAAAUCCUCCUUUAUACCCUGAAUUCUCGAUUCCAGAUUUAAAAUAUACAUGCACAUUUGACAAAACAGCUUUAGGAGUCUCCAAUAUAUCUUCAAUGUUUGAUACUUAAUGUUACUCUGUGACUGGUUAUUCUACUUGGACUUGUACAAUAGAAUCAAAUAAAAGUUCAGGAAGUGAUAAAAGAUAUGAAUAUUUUGGGUUUGAUAGUCGAUGCUUUUAAAGUACGUCUUCAUAAGGAUAAUAAAUACAAAUUAUACAAAAUGAUAUUCGUGGAGGAUAUUUAACUUGUCCUAAUGAUUUAUCUGAAUAUUGUAACAACACAAAGUAGUGUUAAAACGAUUAUUGUUCAUAUAAUGGAAUAUGUAUAAAUGGUUUUUGUAUUUGUAUUUCAGGGUAUGGUGGAAUAGAUUGCUCUAUAGUUUGUUCAGAGGCAGUUCAAGACAAUAAAUGCAUAACUUAAUGUCCUAUAGGAACCUUUUAAGGUCCAGAUAAUGUUUGUAGGAAUUUCUGCCCUCAAUCAUAUUUUAAAUAAGGGUAAUAAUGCAUAAGCUGUCACCCGAUAUGCCAAGAAUGUACAGGAAGUUCUCCAAAUGAAUGCACAGCAUGUAAUUUUGCUGAGUGUUAUUUUGAAGAAAAUACUUGUGUAGAAAAAUGCUCACCAAACAUGUUUUUAAACCCAGAUAAUUAAUCCCUAUAAUUUAGAUGUAUUUUAUGA